GGAUGUAAGUUUGGGCUCUAUUCAUGAAGCUUUUUUUCUAUCAAAAGCAUUUGCUGAUAUUGCUGACAUUGAAAUAUUAAAAGAAAAUUUGAGAAGCAAUGUGCAUCCUAAAGCUGCAAGUAUUUCUCGUCGUGCUCUCUGUUGCAUUAAACUCUCUGAAAGCUACACCCAUGGAAAGUCAUCAGGUGGAAACACGGAAAUGCAACACCGCCACAUGUUCAAUGCAUCGCCUGGCAGAUUUUUUAGGUCGUUCCGGCAACAACUUUGGUGCCAUUCUCUCACCUACCAACGUGGGAUCCAAUACCUAUGGCAAGAGGAAUGCAGCAGAGGUUUUAAAGAGAGAGCCACCGAAUUACUUGCCCCUUUAGAGGACAAUGUGCCUCUACAGUUAUUGCUUUAUGUUCUAGUGAUUUCCUGUAUAAUUUACCAGUGGCUUUUUCAUUUCCACUGUGAAUAUAUGGUCUGUGUAUCCUACGUUUAUUGCCAGGACAUAUACAUUGUCAAAAGAUUGUUUUAUACGU